GUUUGAGGUGAGUGAACCGAAAGUCUCCCCCCAAGCCUGUUCCCUACUCUUCCCAGGGUACACCUGUCUACCUACCUUACCUGCCUGCCAUCCACCUCAGCUUCGCCUCAAAAUCGGCUUGCCUCUCUCUCCUUGCAUUCCAAAGCGCCGGCCUUUUCACGAUUCCUGUCCCCAUUUCUGCCUAUUCCGUACUCCAUCGCCAGACGACGCUGAACCACCCUGCGUUGAAAUCCUGCUUCUUGUUCCUGACUCCAUCUCAGUUCCACAGAAGCCGUCGCACUCUUUCUUCAGCCUGCAGCUGCGUCACGUCACCGAGGCUCUCGGAGCUGUGCUGUGCCGCCCAAACAAGCUCCCUUCUUGUUGAGCACACAAACACCAACCUCGUAGUAACCUAAUAACCCGCCAGCACCGUUCACGAUGGGUGCUCAGUCUACCACGCUGCAGCCCCGCCUCUCGGCCAAGGCCCCCUACACUCUCGAGGUGCCGGGCCAAACCCCCGUCGAGGGCGAGACACCGGUCCGCCGCAUCCCGACCUCGAUUCCCGAGCUCGUCUCCAAGCCUGCCGACAACAUCUCGACUGUCUACGAGCUUGUCCGCGUGAGUGCUGCCAAGUAUGGCAACGCCAAGUGCAUUGGCUCGCGCAAGCUCGUCCGCACCCAUCAGGAGACCAAGAAGGUCAAGAAGAUCGUCGACGGCGAGGAGCGCGAGAUAGACAAGAACUGGACCUUCUUUGAGCUGAGUGGUUACGAGUACAUCACCUUCACCGAGUACGAGCGCCUCGUGCUAAACGUCGGCGCCGGUUUCCGCAAGCUCGGCUUCGAGAAGGACGAUCGCGUUCACAUUUUCGCCGCCACGAGCCAGAACUGGCUUUCCGUCUCCCACGGCGCCGCUACUCAGAGCAUGCCCAUCGUCACGGCAUAUGACACGCUGGGCGAAGAGGGCUUGAGGCACUCGAUGGUUGCCACCAAGGCCAAGGCCAUCUUCUUGGAUCCCCACUUGCUGCCUACCUUGGGCAACGUCUUGAAGGAUGCCACCUCCAUCAAGGCUGUCAUUUGGAAUAACCAGAACCAGGUUAAGCAGGAGCACGUCGACAAGCUGAACUCUGAAUUCCCUCACAUCACCAUUCUCAACUUCGACGACCUCCGCAAGCUCGGCGAGGAAAACCCAGUUGACCCCGUCCCUCCAUCCCCCGAAGAUCUUUGCUGCAUCAUGUACACGUCUGGCUCGACCGGAACGCCCAAAGGUGUUCCAUUGACGCACGCGAAUGUUGUUGCAUCGGUUGCUAGUGUCAGCGUGGUAGUCCAGCCCUUUAUUGGUCCUGGCGAUGGUCUUUUGACCUACCUGCCCCUGGCUCACAUUCUGGAGUAUGUGUUUGAGAACUCUUCUCUUGUGUGGGGCUCGUGUAUGGGCUACGGGAACCCGAAGACACUCUCGGACAACUCUGUGCGUAACUGCAAGGGAGACAUUAGGGAGUUCAAGCCCAGCGUCCUUGUUGGUGUCCCUGCUGUCUGGGAAACCGUCAAGAAGGGCAUCGUCGCCAAGGUGAACGCCGGUAGCCCGAUAGUACGCGGCCUGUUCUGGGGCGCCUUGGCGCUCAAGGAGCGUUUGAUGGCGGCGGGCCUUCCCGGCUCGGGACUCUUGGAUGCAGUGGUGUUCAAGAAAAUCAAGGAAGCUACCGGCGGCCGCAUGAAGCUUUGCAUGAACGGUGGCGGUCCGGUCUCCAAGGACACCCAAAAGUUCAUCAGCAUGGCCAUCUGCCCCAUGAUCAUCGGCUACGGCCUCACCGAGACCGCGGCCAACGGGACCUUGCAAAACCCCCUGGAGUGGACUUCGGAGUCUAUCGGAGCCAUGCCGGCAGCAGUCGAGGCCAAGCUCGUUGAUUUCCCAGAUGCCGGAUAUUUUGCAACCAACAAGCCGAACCCGCAGGGCGAGAUUUGGCUGCGAGGCCCCGCUGUCAUGUCGGGUUACUACGAAAACCCCAAGGAGACAGCCGAGGCCAUGCAGGACGGCUGGUUCAAGACGGGUGACAUUGGCGAAUGGGACAAGAACGGCCAUCUCAAUAUCAUCGACCGCAAGAAGAAUCUGGUCAAGACUCAGAAUGGCGAGUACAUUGCCCUUGAGAAGCUCGAGUCCAUUUACCGCUCCGCGGCCGUUGUGGCCAAUAUUUGCGUGUACGCCGACAGCACCAAGACCAAGCCUAUUGCCAUCAUUGUUCCGGCGGAACCCGCCCUAAAGAAGCUGGCCAACUCGAUCGGCAUCAAGGGUGAGAGUCUGGAGGAGCUGGUCCAUGAGAAGAAGCUUCAGCAAUCUGUCCUGAAGGAGCUCCAGGCGGCUGGUCGUGCGGGUGGUCUUUCGGGUAUUGAGAUUAUCGAGGGUGUAGUUGUCUCGGACGAGGAGUGGACUCCCCAGAACACCUUGGUGACGGCUGCGCAAAAACUGAACCGCAAGGGCAUUCUUGCAAAGUAUAAGAAGGAGGUGGACGAGGCGUAUGCGACUUCUAGUUAAGGUUCGGACUUUGAGAAUGCGAGUGCAGUGUCCCUUGUCAGAGUUCCAUCCGUCAUCUUUUCUGGUGUUUUUUUCUGGCUUCCUAAUCCGCUUAACGCGGCGUGCAGCUAGCAAAUUGAGAAUGAUGCUCAGAUAAGGCGAUUGACUAGGUUUGGAAAAUAUCCUCGGCCUGGUAUUUUUGUCUAGGAGGAUCUCUUUGGUUUAAUAUUCCACCACUUCGUGCGAUUGCACUUAUUGGUGGGAGAGGGGGGAUGGAUGUGUUUGUGUUGUUGACCUACUGAUGGACGUUCUUCAGCCGGUUGUUUUCCCUUUUUUUUCUUCCUUGUUCGUUUCUAUCUCGGUCCUCGUGGUCUGUCUGGAUCUGUGUAUUAAAAUCCCAUGUAGCAGAUGCUUUCAACUAGUACCCAUCUUCCUACUCUUUUAAUGUCAAGUCAUGGUGGGUUGCUUGAGC